UUCCCACUUCCCCCAAAUUUAUGAAACCUAAUUGCAAUCUAAGAAGAAGAAUUCAAAGCUUAAGCGAGGAAGGAAGCGUACUUCGUAGUUCAGAGGAAGAACAAAUCCUACACUACAAUGACUUCUAGAGUUUUGUUGGGCACAAAUCAACCACCCACUAUUGAAGAGCAGAAUGUGGCUAAAGAGGGUGAUUUUGAUUGGCUAGAUGAAGAUGGUGAUUUGGAGUUACAUUGGGAUGAUGAAGUUGAUGAUGUUAAUGUAAAAAAUACAGAUGAACUAGUUAAAUGGCGUGAAAUUGAGAUAUCAACUUCUGUGGGAGAAGAUUUUUCAGAGGCUAUUAGUGAUGUAUUAAAUCAAAUUGAUCUAGAAGGGGAGAAAGACUUUGUGGAAUCAGAAGAUGAGCUUAAGAGUAUUGGGUCAAGCUCAGAUAUUGAAGGUGAAAAUAGCUUGUUGGUUUAUAAGGAAGGGGAUGAGAAAAAGCAUGGUUUCCACUACAAAGUUGGCAUGAUUUUCAGCAGCAACUCUCAAUUUAAAUGGGUUGUAGAAGUGCAUGAAGCCGUUAACAACAAAUCAAUUAAGUUCACUAAGAAUGACAAGAGGAGAGUGCAAGCAAAAUGUAGAGUAAACCAUUGCAAUUGGGCCAUUUUUGCUUCAAGGAGUAACCCAAGUUGUCCAUUUACCAUAAAGUCAUUUGGUAAACAUACUUGUGGAGCACAACAAAAGAACAAAACUAUAAAUUCAAGGUUUUUGUCUAAAUAUUAUAAGGAGGAAUUCAAAGAUAAUGAAAAUUGGGGUAGGAGGGAAUUCCAAAAGAAAGUGAAAAGGACAUUUAGAUGUAAUGUGUCUAAGUAUCAAUCUUAUAGAGCAAGGAGAAAUGCCAAGAAAUCAUUAAUUGGAACUCAAUCAGAGCAGUUUAACAUGUUAUGGGAUUAUUGUGAAGAGCUUAGAAUAAGCAAUCCAGGUACAACUGUAAUGAUGAAGUUGGACACAACUGAUAGGGAAGGUAGUAGGUGCAGAUUCCUCAGAUUAUAUGUCUGUUUUGCAGCAUGUAAACAAGGCUUUUUGGCUGGAUGUAGGCAAUUGAUAGGAAUUGAUGGUUGCCACUUGAAGGGGUUCCAAAAAGGAGGGCAACUUCUAGCUGCAGUAGGAGUAGAUGCUAACAAUUGCAUGUUUCCAAUAGCAUUUGCAGUUGUAGAAAGUGAAGCAAAAGAGACAUGGAAAUGGUUUCUUCAAUUCCUUGCAUCUGAUUUGGAAAUUCAUAAUAACCCUUAUGGCUGGACAUUAAUAUCUGACAAGCAAAAAGGAUUGGUUCAAGCUGUGGAAGAGGUACUACCUAACGUUUCACAUAGGAAUUGUGUAAGACAUCUUCACCAAAAUUUCACCAAAGAUGGAUUUGGGGGUCAGGUAUUGAAGAGAGUAUUUUGGGCAGCUUGCAAAGCCACUACACAACCAGAAUUUAAACAGCACAUUGAGGCAAUGCAAGUGUUAAAUCCAAAGGCAGCUGAGUGGGUUAGUGAAAGGUCUCCACUCCAUUUUUGUCGAGCUUUCUUUGAUACAUCUACUAAGUCUGACAUGUUGUUGAACAAUUUGUGUGAGUCAUUCAAUUCUUCAAUCUUGAAUGCUAGAGACAAACACAUUGUAACCAUGGUGGAGUGUUUAAGAAUAUAUCUUAUGAAAAGAAUGCAACAUAAUAGGGAUACGAUGAGGAACAAUCAUGUGAAGAUUUGUCCAAAGAUUGUAAAAAUCAUUGAACAAAACAAGGAGAAAAUAUGUGGCUACAUUGCUUAUAAGUCAAAUGAUGAAUGGUGGCAAGUUGAGGAUGAUGAUUUGAAGUUGUUUAGGGUGCACCUAACCACUUCUUCUUGUUCAUGUAGAAGAUGGGACUUGACAGGCAUUCCUUGUGUACACGCAAUUUCUGCAAUUUUUGAAAAUGGUCAAGAUCCUAUAGAGUAUACAAAUUGGUUUUAUUCAGUGGAGGCUUAUUUGAAGAGUUAUGAACCAGCUAUUAUGCCCAUCUCUUCUUCAGAUCAAUGGAGAAAAACAGGAGCACCACCACCCUUGCCUCCGAAAUAUAAGCCCCAGCCUGGAAGACCUAAAAAGUUAAGAAGGAAAGAUCCUAUUGAGAAGGAACAUGUGCCAACUAAACUUGGAAGGAUAGGAGAAAAGAAAAAGUGUGGACUUUGUGGCCAACAUGGACACAACAAGAGAAGAUGUAAGGCAUCCAAAGAGCAGCAACAACAAGAACAUGUGCAACAACCUUUGAAUGUACAAAACAAUAUGAAUGUGGAUUCCAGUGUGCAACAUCUUGUAGAAAUGGCUAUAAGGACAUCUCAAGCUCCUCCACUUGAUACUGAGAGCACACAAGAAGCAAGUACAUCAGCUACAAAAAAAAGAAGUAGGAAACAACUCUACCCCAAGCAAAAACUGAGAAAGCAGUAGGAUGGAUGAUGGCCAUCAUUUUGUGGUGUUUUGUAUAUCGAACUAAAUGGUUGACUGUGAUAGCCUUCUUUUUGUAGUCUUUUGUAUAUCAAACUAAGGUGCUAUCAUUGUUUUUGUUUGGAAUGUCAGUAUAACAUGUCAAAUAUGGUCUACUGUAAGUAUAACAUUUGCUAACCAUGUUUUGCUGAACAUCUAUUAAUAUAACUAUUUUUUGGAUUAAUA